AUGGCUGAUGAGUCAAGUGUCCAGCAUCCCUGGGAGCUACCCGACGGUAAUAAUCAAGAUAUGCCAGGUAGCACAGCAGAUGUCUCUCAAAAUUCAGCAGCCCAGCCCGCGACGACUGUCUCAGUAAAGAAGAAUAAGAAAAAGAAGAAAAUGAAGGCAUACGACACAGAAUUUGAAUCAUUCCUAGAGUCCUUGGCUACUCCAGAACCCGAGGUGAUUCCGGAGCCGGAGGCAAUUCCCUCAGAAGAACCUAUCCCAGCAGAGGAAGAUGCUCCUCUGUGUGAGAUACCACCUCCCGCUCUGGAGGAACCUGAGCCUUGGGUAUACACACCGCAGUCAGUUAUCGAAAAGCCUCACACCCCAGUGGAUCAUGGUGUUGGGCAGCCGUCCCGUUUCAGACAGGGCAUCGACACCCCAACUCCCAUCUAUCUCAAUUUCAAUGCGCAGCACAGACUCAUGGUCUUCCUUCAACAGAAGCUGGAAGAGAUGUGUUUUGCAUUUUGUCAGCGCCGUAUGCCUCAAACACUCCUAGACAACGGCUGGGACUGUCCCGAGAGUGCAGAACUGCAAAACUGGGUGAUGGCUUUAAAGAAAGAGCUUCCAUCUGCUGUUCGACUCAAAGAACGCAAAGCCCUUACCAGCUCUAUGUCCAGGAUCCGUGACUGCGCUGUCAGUCGCACCCGCAUCAACAAUGUUGAGCUGGAGGAGCUAUUGUCAGAUGCCUUGAAGCUAGCCAUACUUCUAGAACAGGAUCAGUACGUGAAAGCGAUUCAGAGAGUCCAGCAAGACAUAUCAGACACCUACAGAUAUCUGGAUGAGGAAAGAAAGCAGCUCGAAAAGAGUUGCAACUUCAAACUGGGAGAGAUAACGGCUGCUCGCGCCAAACUCGAUGAUUUGGAAAGGGCUACGAAAGCCGCGUUUGAUAAGAGCUUACUCAACCGUCACAACAAAGCCCGAUCGAUGGUAUUACAGUCUGUUCAAAACGCUGAAGCGCUCGACCACAAGUUGGACCCUGAGGACCGAUCAGUCACGAUGUCGAGUCUGGAUCUGGUGAAUGAUUUGGAAAACAGUCUAACGAUUGACGAAGAUGGCGGAAGGUUGCUCUAG